UCCGAGCAUGGCGCCAAGAAAAAAGGGAAGAAGGAGAAGGAUAUGGAUGAGCUGAAAAAGGAAGUUUCAUUGGAUGAUCACAAGCUCAGCCUCGAUGAACUCCAUCUGAAAUACGGAACUGACCUGAGCCGGGGACUCACAACUGCACGGGUGGCGGAGAUCUUGGCUCGGGACGGCCCCAACUCCCUCACCCCCCCUCCCACCACCCCGGAAUGGGUCAAGUUCUGCCGGCAGCUGUUCGGAGGGUUUGCACUUCUGCUGUGGAUCGGGGCCCUCCUGUGCUUUCUGGCUUACGGCAUUCAAGCCGCCACCGAGGAGGAGCCCAAUAAUGACAACUUAUAUCUGGGCGUUGUGCUGGCUGCUGUUGUGAUCAUCACCGGCUGCUUCUCUUACUACCAAGAGGCCAAGAGUUCCAAAAUCAUGGAGUCCUUCAAAAAAAUGGUUCCCCAGCAAGCUCUGGUGAUUAGAAAUGGGGAGAAGUUGAGCAUCAACGCAGAAGGAGUUGUGGUGGGAGAUCUCGUGGAGGUGAAGGGAGGAGACAGAGUCCCGGCUGACCUGAGGAUCAUCUCCGCUCAUGGCUGUAAGGUCGACAACUCUUCGCUCACUGGUGAAUCGGAGCCUCAGACCAGAUCUCCAGACUUUACCAACGAGAACCCGCUCGAGACGAGAAAUAUUGCGUUCUUCUCCACCAACUGUGUCGAAGGCACUGCUCGUGGUGUCGUGAUUAACACUGGUGACCGUACCGUCAUGGGCCGCAUUGCCAGCUUGGCCUCCGGGCUGGAAGGCGGGCAGACGCCCAUCGCCGCGGAGAUCGGGCACUUCAUCCACAUCAUCACCGGCGUGGCCGUAUUCCUCGGUGUUUCCUUCUUCAUCCUCUCGCUGAUCCUCGAGUACACCUGGCUGGAGGCUGUGAUCUUCCUGAUUGGCAUCAUUGUUGCAAACGUGCCCGAGGGUCUCCUUGCCACCGUCACGGUGUGUCUGACACUGACUGCCAAGCGGAUGGCUCGCAAGAACUGCCUCGUGAAAAAUCUGGAAGCGGUGGAAACCCUGGGCUCCACCUCGACCAUCUGCUCUGAUAAGACCGGCACCCUAACUCAGAACCGCAUGACGGUUGCUCACAUGUGGUUUGAUAACCAGAUCCAUGAGGCUGACACCACAGAAAACCAGACCGGGGCCUCUUUUGACAAGACGUCUCUGACUUGGGCCGCGCUAUCCAGGGUCGCUGGCCUCUGCAACCGUGCUGUCUUUCAGGCUGACCAGGACAAUGUCCCCAUUUUGAAGAGGUCGGUGGCCGGUGACGCCUCGGAGUCCGCGCUCCUGAAAUGCAUCGAAGUGUGUUGUGGGUCUGUCAAGGAACUGCGGGAGAAGAACCCUAAGGUGGCGGAGAUCCCCUUCAAUUCGACUAACAAAUACCAGCUGUCUAUCCACAAGAAUGCCAACCCGUCAGAAUCGCGACACCUGCUUGUGAUGAAAGGCGCCCCGGAGAGAAUCCUGGACCGCUGCAGCAGCAUCCUGAUCCAAGGGAAGGAACAGCCCCUGGACGAAGAGGCCAAGGACGCGUUCCAGAACGCCUAUCUCGAAUUGGGAGGCCUGGGGGAGAGAGUGCUAGGUUUUUGCCACCUGUCCCUACCGGACGAGCAGUUCCCAGAAGGCUUCCAGUUUGACACGGACGAGGUGAAUUUCCCAGUUGACAAGCUCUGCUUCGUCGGGCUGAUUUCUAUGAUUGACCCUCCUCGUGCCGCUGUUCCUGACGCGGUGGGCAAAUGCCGAAGCGCCGGCAUAAAGGUGAUCAUGGUGACCGGAGACCAUCCCAUCACGGCCAAAGCGAUUGCCAAGGGAGUGGGCAUCAUCUCGGAAGGUAACGAGACGGUGGAGGAUAUCGCACUCCGCCUCAACAUCCCCGUUAACCAAGUCAACCCCAGGGACGCCAAGGCCUGUGUGAUCCACGGCUCGGACCUGAAGGACAUGACGACCGAGCAAAUGGACGACAUCCUGACACACCACACGGAAAUCGUCUUCGCCAGAACCUCCCCUCAGCAAAAGCUGAUCAUAGUGGAGGGUUGCCAGCGACAGGGCGCCAUCGUGGCUGUCACCGGAGAUGGUGUGAAUGAUUCCCCUGCUCUGAAGAAGGCAGACAUCGGUGUCGCAAUGGGGAUCGCCGGAUCGGAUGUCUCCAAACAGGCGGCGGACAUGAUUCUGCUGGAUGACAACUUUGCCUCUAUUGUGACGGGGGUGGAAGAAGGUCGCCUGAUCUUUGACAACCUCAAGAAGUCCAUUGCUUACACCUUGACCAGUAACAUCCCUGAGAUCACGCCUUUCCUCAUCUUCAUCAUUGCCAACAUCCCCCUGCCACUGGGCACUGUCACCAUCUUGUGUAUUGACCUGGGCACUGACAUGGUUCCUGCCAUCUCACUGGCAUAUGAGCAAGCUGAAAGCGACAUCAUGAAGAGGCAGCCGAGGAACCCCAAGACGGACAAACUGGUGAACGAAAGACUGAUCAGCAUGGCUUAUGGCCAGAUUGGGAUGAUCCAAGCCUUGGGCGGGUUCUUCACCUACUUCGUGAUCCUCGCCGAGAACGGUUUCCUGCCCUCCACCUUGCUGGGUAUCCGGGUGAAAUGGGAUGACCGGUGGAUCAACGACGUGGAGGACAGCUACGGGCAGCAGUGGACCUACGAGCAGCGGAAGAUUGUGGAGUUCACGUGUCACACAUCCUUUUUUGUCAGCAUUGUGGUGGUGCAGUGGGCAGACCUGGUCAUCUGUAAGACCAGAAGAAAUUCCGUCUUCCAGCAAGGCAUGAAGAACAAGAUCCUCAUAUUUGGGCUCUUUGAAGAGACGGCCUUGGCCGCCUUCCUCUCCUACUGCCCCGGCAUGGAUGUCGCCUUGAGGAUGUAUCCUCUCAAGCCGACGUGGUGGUUCUGUGCCUUCCCGUACUCGCUCCUCAUCUUUGUGUACGACGAAGUAAGAAAACUCAUCCUCAGACGCAGCCCCGGAGGCUGGGUAGAGAAGGAAACCUACUAUUAGACAACUGCUGGAC